AACUUACUCUAACCUAGUAGUGUUAGGCUCAUUUACCUAUAUUCAGUUUAAUGUCUCUAAUAGUAUAAAAUACCAAAUGAUUGUGAAAAUUUAAAAUAAUACGUGUUUUCAAGAUUUGGGAGACGCUAAAAUCCUAUAUUAGUAGAGGAGAUGGUGUUUUAAAAACUAGGUUUAUCAGUCCCAUAAAAUUGUAAUAAUGGCAUUAGAAAAGAGCAGACGUAGCACUGCCGCUCAGUAUUUUAUGGAUGAAGAGGAGGAUGAAAGAAAUCCUAGAUCAACAGCUCAAAAGGUUGUUGAUUGGUUAAACAAAGCUAGUUUAGCGUCUUCCAGCUCCAGGAUAGAACUUCUGAGCAAAGUCCAAGAGGCUAUUGUUCAUAAAGAAGUUGACUUGUUGGAUAAUUUUCUGGAUGAAAUGUUGGCAUUUCUAACUGACAGAAAUGCUGACGUCCGAAAAUUUAUUGUCGGAUUUAUUGAGGAAGCAAGUAAAAAGGAUUGGGAUCUGUUGCCAAGAGUGUUGCCUAGUCUACAAAUGUUACUAACUGACUCCAGCCCCCAAGUCCAGAAACGAGUUAUUCAAGCAUUCAACGUAGUUUAUCGCAACAUACUCGGAUGGGUAGCUAAAGCUACUACUGUUACCGAUGACAUGACAUCUGUGUGGAACAUACAAUCAAAUAUCAAAAAAAUGAUUGUGGAUAUGGUAGACAGUGAGAACGAUGGAAUUCGAACUCAUUCAGUGAAAUUCCUUGAGACGUUAGUCUUACUGCAAACAUACCCGGAAGCAGACAGUUUAAAACGAGAAAAUGACUUUUCACUGGAAGAUAUUCCUCUAGGUUUUAAAGAUAGCAAGACGAAGAAAAUUGGAAGAGGAAGCUCU